ACUUUCCUUCAGCUGCGUUGGACCCUAGAUUUGGCAGCAGAGGCGGCGGCUCCAUACUUAUUUAGCAGUAGCACUUAAACAUACUUAAGUGAAAACUGCAAGAUGGACUAUAACUAUGAUGGCUAUAACCAAUAUGGCCAACAAAAUAGUGGUUAUGGCCAUCAAAACCAAGGCCAAUAUGGACAAGACCCAAACCAAUAUGGUCAGCAGCCAAACUAUGGAGGGUACCCGCCGCCCCAGCCCGGCUAUGGCGGCUACGGGUACGACCAGACGGCGCCGCCGCCGCCCCAGCAGCAGCAGAUGCACCAGCGCUCGCACGCGCCGCCGCCGUCCAGCCCGUACGGCGCCGCCUUCCCCGGCGCGCAGAUGCUGCAGAACCCGGCCAUGCAGGACAUGGCCAUGCAGUACGGCCAGAACGUGCUCGGGCAGGGCCGGCAGGCCGUCCAGCAGAGCAUGGAAAAGUACAUGUCCAUAUCGCGGCUCAAGUACUACUUCGCCGUCGACACGGCGUACGUCAGCAGAAAACUGAGGCUGCUCUUCUUCCCGUUCACAAAUUCGGACUGGUCGGUACGGUACAGCUCGGAGGAGCCCAUCCAGCCACGGCACGAGGUGAACGCUCCCGACCUCUACAUCCCGGCUAUGGCGUUCAUCACCUACAUCCUGGUGGCCGGCUUCCUACUGGGCCGCCAGCAGCGCUUCAGUCCCGAGGUCCUCGGCAUGCAGGCCAGCUCGGCCACCGCCUGGAUGAUCUUCGAGGUGCUGGUGGUCCUGUUGACCAUGUACGUGCUGAACACGCAGACCAACCUGCGCACCUUCGACAUCAUCGCCUUCUCCGGUUAUAAAUUCGUCGGGAUGGUGGUGACGCUGCUCUCGAGCCUGUUCGUCGACCGGACCGGCUACUACUGCGUCCUGCUCUACUGCAGCGCCAUGAACGCGCUCUUCCUGGUGCGGACUCUGAAGGUGCAGCUGCAGCCGCAGCAGGACGUCCAGGGCGGCAGCGGCGUGAAGCGGCGACUCUACCUGCUGCUCCUCGUCUCGGCCGCCCAGCCCAUCAUGAUGUACUGGCUGACCACGCACCUGGUACACUUCCCGGCGCCGCUGCCGGCAGUGUCCGACGUGCUCCUCAACGGCGGACCGCAGGCGAUGGGAUAGACAGGGACUGAGCAUAGACAGAGACUGAUCCGGCAGUGCGGGGUGGCGGGCCGUGCCGGUGUGCUGGUGCCGCCGUGUUAUAACGACGGUGGUGAUUGGUGAAGGACUGGCGCCGGUGGUGAUCGAACAGUGGUUACUGGUUACCGGUGAGUCAUCACUACCAGUCACCAGAUGUCAGGUCUGUACGGCGAUGUCGGGCGUAGUACCCCGACCCAACAGUCUCCCAGCCCAGUGACCUGCCCGGACCACGCCGUCCUCGACGGCUCUGCUUGUCCUGCGAGAUACGCUAGCCUCUUGAAUGCCGCUGUGCGCAGCCAUGACUUCACUGAGCGUCUGGCGAAGGUAUCCUUCCAACGCGAGUCGACGCUCUACAGGCCCAUUGGCCAAGCUCUACAGUAGGGUGUCCCAAGCAUACAUGGGAAAAACAAAACUAUGAAAUAUUCAAGGGGCUGAAGUUUGCCCCGGUUCCACUACCGGUAAGGAAGACACUGGUCGAGUUUCAGAGGAAUCAGAGUAUAUUUAGAGGUUGCGAGCUUGUGCACUUUUUAACUGAGCAAACCCCAUUCCAUAAUAUGUGUAGGUAUAUACCGAUUGAACAAGCAUGACAAAUCAGGGUAUUUAGACAAUUUUACAGCAGAAGGUAGCACUGCACUAUCUAUGAAACACUUUCUUUGUCUAUCCAUCCUUGAUUUUCUUGGGCUGCGCCUGCUGAUGGUGAUGCACUAGCUGAAGCAGGUAUUGCUUCUGCUCUUCUGACUUGGUGGUGGUGUUGUACCGCUAGAUAAGCGAGAUUCCCCGUUCGGCGGCAUCAUUGACGAUAUUAAGAGCCCUUGCUCUAUGGCUGACCAUGUGAUAGGCUGCGUCGUCCUUCCUUAAACUCCUUGGUUUAUUUCGCGAUGAAACCUGGGUCCACCACCAGAGUCGUCAGCAGGAACAUGGAUGGACCAGGAGGUUACAAAGUCUUCGAGAGGAAUGCCAAUGCUGCUUCAACAUGGCGGCAAUUGGAGAUCGUCAUAUUCCGUCUCAGCCUAGGCAGUAGGACCGUAAGAGGGACGACGAGCUGGUCAGAGAAGCAGCCGGCUUCCCGCAGGAGGUGCCGGCAGAAGCAAAGGCCAUCACAAGUGCCGGAGCAGGGGCGGCUGCAACUGCUUGACGCAUGACAUGGCCAGACUCCUUCUUCAAGAGGAUCUGGGGAGACCGGAUGCCGACCUCCACCACAGUCUCUGGCGUAAGCAAGGGCUAGGCGGUGGAUGCCUAUCGGCAUUAACUACGUGCUGGAUACUGCAGUAGGUAUGUCGUACCAGUACAUCCACCGGAUCGGCCGCCUCCCGGCGCGGACCUGCCCAGUGCCCAGGGUGACCCGACCUGCGGUACUCAGCGGUGAGGUGCGCCGUUUGCAAGGAGACGACACACCUGACCAUAUCCUGAUCCGGUGUAUGUGCCUGGACGAUCUUCAUCUUAAGUUAACCGGCAACAAAGAUGCGACCGAGACGCAGCUGCAGAGAAGGGAAGUGGUCGCGGCAUUUGCCCGCGACUUCAGGCACCAUCAGGAGCCUAACGAUGGUUUCUGGAAUGAUGCUCGUCGAUGAUCGCCUUGCGGACAGUUUGAAGAUGAAAAUUGUGGCGGCCAACCUCCGGAAACCGCCAAGGAAACAGCUGAAACGACUGGAGGGAAAAAGUGCGAACGAUUCUGCCCCGUCUGAAUCAUGCCAUGCAUGCGAUCCUAGUAGCCAUGUUAAAAUGCACCUAAGAAGAGAUAAAAAUGUUCAUUUGCUCGCAACCUCUAAACGUACUCGGAUUCACUUGAAAUUUUGUCAGCAUCAUAUCCCAGCCAAGUGGAAUGGGGGCAGCCUUCAGCCGGUCAAAAAUUAACAAAAAAGUUUUUUGGGGACACCCUACUCUACAGGCCUGUUUAGCAGAACAGUAAGCCAUCUCACGGCCGUAUAGAACUGAUAGUGUCUCAGUCUACCGCGCCUCUGUCCUCAAAGUACGGCUGAACUGCCGUAUCGGCUACAAUUGGCUGUCGACAGGCAGCAGACAGUCAUGGAGCUUCACAAGAUAGCCGAGGGACGGGAUAUGUGAGCAGUCAUUGGAGCGUGAUAUGCAGGCUUCAGAUCAAUUAUUGGGGCACCCCGUGCCCUGGGGUUCGAGUGAUGUGCUAGAUAAAUUUGUAUAUUUAUCUUAGGAAAUUUAUGAGAUGAAAAUAGUGGACCGUCUAUCUAGGCUUGAUAUUACAUUUGUAAAUAAUAACGGAUGAUGCUGACAUCCCUUCGUACCCCGGUGAAUUGCUGAUGUGGGUCAGUACCGGACCCAAUUUCCAGUCGAGCUGUCUUGUACCCCCGUGUUGUGAGUCGUCAGAAGGGGCCAGCCAUGUUCAGAGGGCCGUGGCGCUCACAUGAACUGGGAGUUGGCUAUGUGUGGUGCCGCAGUGCGACUCUUCGGCAGUCACUGUUUAUCGAGGUGCGUCAGUCUGAUAUCCUGGGAGGUGGUUCUGCGGCGGGUGAUGUGUCUGCAGGUGUGCGUGUCGCUGCGGUGUCAGUGCUGGGUCCCUGCGGCAGUACCUCAGCAGGGCCGUGAGGUGGACUGCUAUUGAAGCCAGUGGUAACCACGGUGUGGUGUGAAAAGGAGACAAACAAAGACCGGUGGGUCUUUGUUGAAAUGUGAUCUUACUGCUGGUUUGGCCUUGUUCAAUAGAAUGAUCAUAUUUUA